AUGUGUAUUCCUUCUUCUAACUGGGGUCAGCGACUUAGGGCGGGGAGCUACAGAUUAAGGUCCUACUUCAGUGGCAGGUCCAUCUUAUCUCCUCUUCAGGUCACAUUCUUACGCACGAGCACCAGACAUAAAGUGGUUCAACACAGUGCCCUUGCCCUGAACAGCUCCAGAUGCCAAGAAUUGUCCAAUUACUACUUUGGUUUCAGUGGGUGGUCAAAAAGGAUCAUCAAGCUUCAGGAUCUUUCUGACCUUGAAGAAAGGAAAGAUGAAGAUCCUGUGGGACCACUUCGGAAGCAAAGCCUGAAGUUCUCCUGUGCUUUAGAGGUGGUGUUGCCACCCUGUGAGUGCAGGAGUCCUGGAGUUGGCAUGGCUGAGGAAACUUUGGAUACGUUGGAGGAAGGUCUUGGUAAAAUAGCUGUGGCAUAUACACCCUGUGAAGAGAACGCAGAUGCUAGAACUGAAGAGGAACUACAGGAUUUAAUUCAAAUCUACUUUUCUUGUCAGCGAUGUGGCCAAGGGGAGGAAGAAUGUCUCUCAGACUGGAGCUUUGAGGAGGAAGCGUUCAAAUUGCCAGAUCUGGACUAG